AUGAAUCAUUAUGUCAAUAAACCUUUCAAACGUCCACGCAUGGUAGGUAGACCUGGAAGAGAUACCCUUUCUGAGCAGAUACACACCGGCCUUCGGCCAAAGUCUCAUCAUUCACAUACUAAAAUUACCAAUACCAGCUCUGAAACUGUGAAACUAACGUAUGCCGGCCCAAAAAGUUUGAAAACCAGCGUAAAUGCACCAGUUGGUGUGUCUAAGUCAUCACAGGAGGUUUCUUUAUUUACAGCAAAUUACAGAAGGGUUACAAAUAAGAAGAACAAGACGUGGGAUGGUGAUGGAUACGCCAAUAUGACAAGCGACGAUAAAUUGAAGUUUUACAACGAAGCUGGUGUCUCUUUAGGAUCAGUUCCAAUCAAGGAUAGGGAUUUAUAUGAGACCAUAUGGAGAAUCGGAUCUACCGAGUUUCAAAUCGAUUAUAGAAUAAGCGAUCAAGAAGAAUUAAGCUCUGUGCAAGACAUAUGUAAAAUCAAAGUCAGUCAUACACUUGGAAUAACGGAUAUUCCAGUCGCCAAGAAGCAUAAAGCAACCAUAGAAAGUAAGCCACCAAUACAGACAUUCAUACCGAAAAUAACGACCAAAUUCAAACCCCUGAGAAAACACCUAAACGGAGAGCCUAAAGUGCCUCCAGCACAGAAACAACUAGUAGAUCAACCAACUGUCAAAUCUGCUCUACCACCGCUGAGUCAAGAACUAAUUGGGCAGAUAACUUAUUCGCCGUUGUUUGAUCCAGUUUCCAUUAAAGAUCCAUUGAUCAUGAACAAAACGGAGAAUCAUAAAGUGAGUGUUAUUGUUGACCCGCUAUUGUCGAAGACACUAAGACCACACCAGCGCGAAGGUGUCAAAUUUCUCUAUGACUGCGUAAUGAACAUGGUACAUACAAAAGGUGACGAAAGCAUGAUUCUCGAGAGAGAUGAUGACAUAAAAGGAUGUUUACUAGCAGAUGAGAUGGGGCUCGGAAAGACGUUGAUGACAAUUACGCUAAUUUGGACACUCUUGAAACAAACACCUUAUCCGACUAUAAUAAACCAGAGAGGAGUAACUCUCGCUGGAGAGAUAUCGAAGGUCCUCAUUGUAUGUCCUGUCACUUUAAUCGGUAAUUGGAAGAAGGAGUUCAAAAAAUGGUUGCCUAUGAAUAGAAUUGGAGUGUUGACCUUACACAGUAGGAACUCUCCAACAGAGGAUAAGGCUCAAGUGAGAAGCUUCCUAAAAGUUCCCCGAACUUAUCAGGUUUUGAUUGUUGGUUAUGAAAAACUCCUCAGUAUCAAGGAUGAACUACAGAAUGAGAAGAGAAACCUUGAUCUUGUUAUCUGUGAUGAAGGACAUAGAUUGAAGAAUAAAGAUUCUAAGAUCUUGAAGGUUUUGCAAUCAUUAGAUAUUGAGAAGAAAAUUGUAUUGAGUGGGACACCUAUUCAAAAUGAUCUUGAAGAGUUCUAUACAAUAAUUGAUUUUAUCAAUCCUGGGAUUUUAGGAUCUUUCGGAAGGUUUAAAAGGGAAUAUAUUUUACCUAUCGCCAGAUCCAGGGAUGUCAAUGCUAAACAAAAUCAAACUCUGGUAGAACAAGGACUUCUGAGAUCCGAUCAAUUAAUUGAGAUAACGAAACGGUUUAUCUUAAGAAGAACCAAUGAAAUUUUACAACAAUAUUUACCACCGAGAACUGAUCUCAUUAUAUUUUGCAAACCUACCGCUGAACAAGUAGAGGCUUUUCACAAGAUUUUAACCGAAGGGCAGCUAAAUUUCAGCAACAUGACAUUCAACUCUUCAUUGGGGUUGAUUACUCUAUUCAAAAAAAUCUGCAAUUCCACCCGCUUGAUCAAAACAGAUCCAUACUAUGAAGAAAGGCUUAGUCAAGUUCAGACUUCUAGUACCUCUGGAAAAUUCACCUCGGGGAAACUUAGAAUACUUCUUUCAUUAUUACAUGAGUUGAAAACCAAGACUGACGAGAAAGUAGUAGUGAUUUCAAAUUACACGCAAACCCUAGACAUCAUUGAGGGACAUUGUAGUUCAGAAGGGUACACUUCUGCACGAUUAGAUGGAAGUACAGCAACCAAAACCCGUGAUCAGAUUGUGACAUCCUUCAAUAAUGAUCCAUCUAUUUUUGUUUUCCUUUUAAGUGCGAAGUCAGGCGGUGUGGGACUAAACUUAAUCGGUGCAUCAAGACUUGUAUUAUUCGAUAAUGAUUGGAACCCAUCCAUUGAUUUACAGGCCAUGUCAAGAAUUCAUCGCGAUGGUCAGAGAAGGCCAUGUUUCAUUUAUAGACUUGUGACAACCGGAUGUAUUGAUGAGAAGAUACUUCAAAGACAGUUAAUGAAAAUAGCGCUUUCUAAAAAGUUCUUGGACAGUGCCACAGAUCAAUCAAAAAAUGAUGAUGAUCUUUUUCAGCAGGAAGAGUUGAAGGACUUGUUUACCAUUAAUUUGUCCACUUUAUCCAAUACCCACGACUUAAUUUGUAAUUGUUCUGGUGAAGUAGAAGUGCUUGAAGAAGAAGAGAUAACGGGUACUGAUGAAGCCAACGCCCAGCCAGAAUACCAGGCUGCUGCGACUCCAUCAAACAAUCCUCCUGCUUCAAUUUGGAUCAAUGCUCUAGAAGCCCAAAAAAUUAUAGAGAAGGAGGAGAUACUUCGAAAUGGAACAAAGUCAGAAAUCAUGAGAAAAUGCCUAUUGGGAUACAAACAUAUUGAUCCACAAAAGACUAAUGACUUAAUUGACGAAGCUAUGAAUAACGUCUUUGAUGAUGCACGACAGUACAUCACUUAUGCUUUGGUAAAAGACUCCGUGUAA